AUGCUACAAUGCCUACGAUGGUCCAAGCCACUAUUCUAUAGCCCGGCUACUUCCAUAACUAGAGCCUAUGCUUCAGCAAGACUUACAAGAAAAGAGAAGAUUGAGGGCCUGAAUCAUAUUGCUCGAAGUAAGUUAUUCCAACUCGAUACACGCUUUGACAUAUUCAACGAGAAGGUAACAAAUGUUGUCGACUUAGGCUAUGCGCCUGGCAACUGGCUCUCAUAUGCUCGAGAUGCUCUACUGGCCGCACACGAUAUAGAACCCGAGAAGAUUUAUCAGAAGUGCACCUUGGUCGGCCUCGAUAUUGUGGUCGGUAAUCACCCACAAGGAUCAUUCACAACCCAAGGAAAUAUAUUCUCCAAAUUAGCGCAUAAAAAUGUUACUAAACUACUCAAAGAACAUGCAUACCGAAGAUUGGCAGUGCAGAAUGGUAUAUUGCAGAACACUGGCACUAAAGUGAACGGUGAAUUCGCGUUAGACUCUGAGAUGGCAAAGAUUUCGGAGAUGUUUCUGAAUCUUGACAUAAAGGACGAAGCUUUAGAGUCAAUUAUGAGUAUUCAAGAUUACCAAGCCAAUUUGGUAUUGUCAGACAUGACCAACCCGUUUCUUCAAGACAAAGGCUUUUUUAACAAUACCACCAGCAGACCCUACAUUCGUUCUUCUACAAACUCUGCUCUCAGGCAUCAUACAAGCGAUCCCCUGAAGAGUUCUAUAGACACGGCGGAUGCCGCACUUCUACUAUGUUGCGAUGUAUUAGCCAAGGGAGGGUCCUUCUUGAUUCGUUUGUCAAGAGUAGACUUGGCUGACCCGGAAUUGUCACUUCUCGAGCAAAGACUUAGAAGAACAUUCGCAGAGGUGAACAAAUGGAAUCCAGAGGGGGUAACAGAAUCGGACAAACUGGUAAUACUGGAGCUCUAUUUUGUUUGCAAACACAAGACUGAGCAUAUCGCUGACAAGUACGAAGUAUUUGAUGUGAAACGUUAA